AUGCGUCGGCAUGUUAGCACUACCGUAAAGUCCGGAUUCAGUAAGACGGUGGCUCUCGAUCGCGGAGCGAAGACCGUGGUCGCUGCUGCCGCGGCCGUGGGCGUGAAUCGACCAACGUGGUACCGCCGGAAGAAACAAGAAGCCACCAUCAAAGUUGCUGCACAUAACACAGCUACCAUUUUCUACACUUCCCGAACUACAAAAAUUCUUAAAGUCAAUAGAAUGGCUUCGGUGAGAGCGGCACUGGGUAAAUGCUGUACACAGGUGCAGUUUGUGUCUCCCGGAAUUACGGGUUUGGGUCAACCAAUGGACGUUGCUGUGAUGAAGCCGUUCAAGGACGCCUUCCCGUACGUAUGUAUUUAG